UUAAUGAAUGAAUAUGGUUGCAACGUGUGCAACGAGGAGUAUUCGGCACGGGAUCCUUUGAAAUGUCCACGUGUUUUGACGGGUUGCGGCCAUACAAUUUGCCACAAUUGUGCCAUAUCAAUUGCCGGUCGAAAUUCGUCCAUUUUUUGCCCAUUUGACAGAACGGCAACUCAAAUUCCUGGCGGAGAUCUUCAAAAUCUCAAAAAGAAUUUCGCGUUGUUAGAGCUGCUCGAAAAAAUAGCCGACGGUGGUGGAUUGCUGGAGAAGUCGGGUGAAGUUGUGAAGUUCGAUCGUUACUCGAAAGAACGUCUUCUGAAUUUGGAAUGUGACGAGGAUUCGGAACACGUGGCAGUUAUCUAUUGCACAGUUUGUGAUAGUAAUUUAUGUGAAAGAUGUUCCGAGAGCACACACUCCACCAAUGUUCUAUCUAAACAUCGUCGAAUUCCAUUAACCGAGAAGCCUCCUCCACUUGUUCAUUGUCGCCUACAUUCAUCAUAUGUCGUGGAAUUCGUUUGCAAGGAACUCUCCUGUGACACCGAGAGUCCGUUGAUGUGUAUGAUGUGUAGGGAUUAUGGUAGACACAAGGGUCAUAGUCAUGUACUAAUCGAAAAAGAAGUGGAAGAUUUGAGAGAAAAAGUUAGAGAGCAUUUGGGAGAGCUGUCAAAGCAGUCGGAGACAAUUGGAAAUGCACUUCAUUCGAUUGAUUCAGUUAUUCAUGAGUUGACUCCUGGACAAGAAGAUGGCAGUUUGGAGGAGACCCGGCAAGAGGUUCGCAAUCACUUCCGUCGGCUACGAACAGCUCUGGAUCGAGAUGAAGAGGAUGCGGUGGAAACUGUAGAUCGGUAUGCUCGGAACCGCGUCGAGUCGUUACAAACUCAAAAAGAGAGACUGGAAGCUAUUUCUUCAAAGAUCGGAAAUACUUGUACUACCUUACAAAAAGCUUUGAUAAUGGAGAGGGGAAAGAUUUUGGAUCGGAAAGAUGAUUUGUUGGCGCUGGCGGAAUCAACUGCUGCUGAACCUACUGCAGUUCUAGAUCAAUCACAGUUGAGCACAAGAAUUGCUUUUUCAUUUUUAAAUGAUAGGAAAUUGCAUAUCGGAGAUUUCAUCGAAAGUCGAGUUGUUUUGUUAGGUCUUGAUGGUGCUGGCAAAACUUCAAUAGUCCGCCGUUUAAAGAAAGUUCAAAUGGACACAGUAAUGGCUCCACAUCCAACAAUCGGUUUCAACAUCGAAACGAUUCAUUAUAAAAAUUAUCGUCUCAACUUUUGGGACGUUGGCGGAUUGCCAAAACUUCGGCAUCUUUGGAAACAUUAUUAUUCGAAUGCUCAGGCGAUAUUCUAUGUGAUUGAUGGAUAUGCUGUGGAACGGUUUUCCGAAGCAAUUAAGGAGUUGAAUCGAGUUAUGAGUGAUCCGUUAGUUGGAACAUGUCCCGUUAUUGUAGCUGUAAACAGGAAAGAUGGAUAUGCUCUAAACGGUCACAUGGAUGCGUUACUAUCCCAACUCGAAGCUCUCCCAUUCCAACAUCAUUUUCAUUGUUGCGAUGCAGCAACUGGAUCAGGAAUUGACCAAAUUAUUGAUCAAAUCACAGUUUGCCUCAGUCGUCUUAAUGGUACAUGCCCUGUAUAGUUUUCUGUCGGAAUUUAUAGUUUUUUCGUUUAUUUUUAAAAUUUGCCCUUUGCUCAUGUAUUUGUGUAUAAAUAAACAAUUCUGAAU